CAGACUUGUGUUGAGAGUGGAGAGGAGAGGAGCUGCCUGUCAGCGGACUGAAACCACCUGCAGACCCGUUCAGCCGCUUUACGCACAACUUUUUUUUUUUCUCUCUUCUUGUUCUUCACAUGAGACCGGUCAGUAGGAGAUCUCUCUGACUCUUGGCUGUUUUAUCAACUUUUUUAUUUUUUUUUGUUUUAUGUGCGUGUGAGUGAUUUUUUAAAAAGAAUGUAUAACAUGAUGGAAACCGAGCUGAAGACCCCGCUCCCGCAGUCCAACUCGGGCUCGGCGCCGGGCGCGAAGAACAACAGUGCCAGCGACCAGGAGCGGGUGAAGCGGCCGAUGAACGCCUUCAUGGUCUGGUCCCGGGGCCAGCGGAGGAAGAUGGCCCAAGAAAACCCCAAAAUGCACAACUCUGAAAUCAGCAAGCGGCUCGGCGCCGACUGGAAACUUCUGACGGACGCGGAGAAGAGGCCGUUCAUCGACGAGGCCAAGCGGCUGCGCGCGAUGCACAUGAAGGAGCACCCGGAUUAUAAAUACCGGCCCCGCAGGAAGACCAAGACCCUGCUCAAGAAAGACAAGUAUUCUUUGCCCGGGGGUCUGUUGGCGCCAGGAUCCAACGCCGUCAACAACUCGGUGUCGGUGGGGCAGCGCAUGGACGGUUACGCGCACAUGAACGGCUGGACGAACAGCGCGUACUCGCUCAUGCAGGACCAGCUGGCCUACCCUCAGCACCACGGCAUGAACAGCCCUCAGAUCCAGCAGAUGCCCCGGUACGAGAUGGCGGGCCUGCAGUACCCGAUGAUGUCCUCGGCGCAGACCUACAUGAACGCGGCGUCCACCUACAGCAUGUCCCCGGCGUACACGCAGCAGACCACCAGCGCCAUGGGCCUGAGCUCCAUGGUGUCCGUGUGCAAGACGGAGCCGAGCUCCCCGCCGCCGGCCAUCACGUCCCACUCUCAGAGGGCGUGCUUGGGGGACCUGAGGGAUAUGAUCAGCAUGUACCUGCCCCCCGGCGGGGACAGCGCGGAGCACUCGUCCCUGCAGAGCAGCCGGUUACACAGCGUCCAUCCGCACUAUCAGAGCGCAGGGACUGGCGUCAACGGGACGCUACCUCUCACCCACAUCUGAGAGCAACAGCAACAAAAGACUUUACAAAAGGAGAGAAAAAUAAAACGGAUACUUGAACUUCACAUGGUUGCAACAAAAACGUUCAAAGAUUUUUGCUUAAAAAAAAAAAAAACCCACAAUGAUGAAAAAUCUUGGAGCAAAACUGAACGUUUAGCCCAGCAGAGAAACCUGCAGAAAGUAGAAGCAAUCAGCUCAUGUAGAAGAAGUGGACUUCUAUCUUAAAAAAAUAAAAAAUGCCAUAUUUUCUUUCUUUGAAAAGGCAUGUGGCCCCAUGAAGGGGCUGGUGUAUUUCAGAAAAGCUGGAUGGACGAUUGUUCAUAAAUGUUUACACUUUAUUUGUAGAAUGUCAGUCGUUCUCCACWGUGUCCAAAAUAUUUUUUUGUAGACUUUUUAUCUUAUUGUUUAUUUUUUUUUUUACCAACAUGCAUUUGGGUAAAUGAAAUGGAAGACUGUGCCGGUCGCAAAACACAAGUUUUUUUUUUUUAAUUUAUAGUACGAUUUUCUUUCUUUAGUUCAAUGUUUUGUCACGUGGAAAAUAUUCAAAAUGAUUUUUUUUUCUUUUUGUAAAAGGUUUUGCUCUAUGAUGGCUUUUUUUUUGUCAGUGACAUGUUUGCUCAUUAUCCUGAACAAAAAAAGUUUAUUUAAACUUAUGUUACAUAUUUUAAGACCAUCCUCUUUAAUGCUGAAUAAAUUUUUACGAAUCGUA